AGGCGGAGUUACCGCAAGCGCGGGGCACACCGAGGGAAAUUUAAACUGCCACUCUGAAAACAAGUCCCUGGAGACGGAGCAAGAGUCUAAAGAAAGGGCGAGGCAAACAGCUGUGUGUUGUGAUAAGAGGCAGUUAAUGGCGAGUGCUGAGCUGCAGUGUUUAGAAUCACCUUCUAAAUGUAGUUUCUUUGGAAGUUACUAUAAUCCACCUGAUAAACUGUCAGUGCCUUCUUAUUAUGAAAGCAAAUAUCCUUACAAUUGUGCAUCACAGACCAAACAUCUUGGAGUGGCAAGUUUUGAAAAGGACAAGAAAAACUUGGAAUCUGGUAGUGAAGCAGCUGUAAUUAAAGCUUUAAGGACACUUCAGGAAAAGAUUCGUCGGUUAGAACUGGAGAGAAUUCAAGCAGAAAACAACAUUAAGUAUCUGAGUGAAAAAGCUAUGCGCCGAACACGGAGUUUUGAACCAGAAAAGAGAGGGAUGGAAACAAUGGAAGGUGAAGAAAACCAGAAUAAAGAGCUAACAUCUCAGCUAUGCAGGGCUGAAGCACGUUGCUCACUCCUUGAAAAACAGUUGGAUUACAUGAGAAAGAUGGUUGAAACAGCUGAAAGAGACAGAAAUGAUAUUAAGGAAAAGCAGGCUUUGCUUCAGGAGGAUAAGAGUCGAGAUCAAGUUGAAAUGCAGUCUAAAUUAGAAAAACUUGAAGCCCUAGAAAAAGAGUGCCUUAAUCUUAUAAACACUCAGGCUCUUGCUGAGAAAAAGAUUGUUCAAAUGGAGAAAAAACUGUUGGAAGAACAAAAUCAGCGUCAACUUAUACAAGACAGAACUACCCAGAUUCAAACAAGUCUUCAAAUGAGUAAAGUACCUCAGCCUUCACUUCCUCCAGACACUAAAAUGAAAAAGAAAAAGAAAUCAUCUGCUAAGAAAGCCACUAAUGUGAAGAAGGAUCCCAUACUUCCGUCUUUUAAGAAUAAACUGAAACAUCUUCCUUUUGUGGCAGGAACUUCUACCAGUCCCAGCCAUUCCGUAAGUGCCAAUGUGCAAAAUGUACUGCACCUUAUGAAGUACCGCCAUCCACAACUGAGUGAUGGGAGUUUUGGUCCUCCUGUUAGAACGACAGGAAAAACUAAAAGUGAGAAGAAAACUUUCCAUUUGCCUAUGUCGUCUUGUUCAACUACUUCAGCUGGAAGCCUGUCUGAACUGCUGGUGGCCCUGCAAGAUGAGCUGGGACAAAUGAGUUUUGAACAUCAGGAGCUUCUUAAGCAAAUACACGAAACAAGUAAACCUGAAGUCCGUGAAGAUUUUGAAAGGGAGCUGGAUUGCCUGGUGAAACAGAUGGAGGUGAAGGUCAAUCAGAUUUCCAGUGUAAAGAAGCAUCAAGCAGCUGUUCAAAAACUGAAGCUGAAAGCUCAAAGUGCAAAACGACGAGCUGAUGGAGCUCCAAAAUCUGAGAAAUUUUCACCAGCAGGUUCCAAAUCAAGAGGAGGUUCUGUAAAACUCUGCCAGAGCCAGGGGAGUUUAAAAUUAUUAAAGAAUGUUCAAAAGCUGCAACAAAGCCUCAAAAAGGAUGAUAUCUUAUGGGAGCAGUGACAUAUUUUGAACAGAAUUGUUGAAAUUGUGUGCUUUUUCUCUUAAGUGUAUAUACUGAUUUUAUUUUAAUUUAUUUUAAUGCCUCAAUGUUUUUCUUAA